AUGAUUUUCAUCACUGUCACUAGCUUUUGGUCCGGCACUUUCACUACCGCCCACACUGUCUCACCAUCCACCAGUAUUUCUGGAUCCAAAUAUCCCGUAACAGUCGUUGUCGAUAUUCCAACUGUUUUACCAACUUUUAGCUAUGGUAAUACCACAUCUUCUGGAUCGACAAGCUCAGGUAUACUGACACUGUAUUCUCAAGCCUCUCUGAGCUCUGAGCAUUCAGAAACUAUGCUGAGCACUAUUUCAGGUAUAACUGCAUCCCCUUCCACAUCUUCUGAGCCGCUGAGCUCCUCCAUAUCUUCUAAUUCCAGGACUUCAUCCAUUAUAGUCACCGUUAGUUCAGGUUCAGAUUCAGGUUCAAGUCAAGAAUUGACCUCUUCUGCGUCAACUUCGUCGUCAAAACCUGCUGGUAGUAGCCCUAUUUCUGGUAGUAGCUCUGGCUCUGGAACAGACAAUGAGUCUGGAAUUUAA